CCUAUUGAAUUUCCAAGACUUAGUGAUUACCUAACACAUAAUAGGUAUUCGAUUUUUAUUAAAGGAAUGAAUAUCCCUCCUGCAGGCCCCCAGAUACUGGGUAAGCCAUGGACUGAAAAAUGUUGGAAGAGCCUGAGCAAAAUACAGCAGAGAUUAGCAGAACUGACCCACACACAUCGCUCUCUGUCCAUUUCUUCCACCACUUCCACCAACAAGAAGCAUGGCUGCCUUGGCCCUUUCUUAACAUGGCUUCCAGUAGGCUCCAUGUGUGUUAAAUGGAUGUGGUGAGGUUGUUUUAAGGUCUUUCUGAUGGGAUUUCUUUUUGCUGACUGCUGUUGGAUUUUUCCUUUCUUUAUGGAAACUCAUUUGCUAGGAGUAAGCUCUUUAUCACAAGUGGUUUGUGAUACUUUCACUUUAAUUCUGUUUACAGUCAUUCCACCCUUAUGUAAAGCUGAUGAGUCACAUGUCUGCUGAGAACCUGGUAAGGUGGGUCAGGAACAGCCUUGCUCCUGGACUUCAGCUACCCCUUCUCACCGGUCAGUAGUGUCCCACUCCUGAUAAUCCACAGUGUAUAGUUACUUAGAUGCUAGAUGAAGCAGUUAAAAUGUGAUAUUUCCACCAUCUCUGGCAGAAGAAACCAAUUGUUGAAAAGGACAACUGAAAGUUCACGUAUAUGUAUGUCCUGAUUCACACAGGCAACAGGGCCAUAAAGUGAAGAAGUGAUGUUUUCAUCUCUAAGAGGAAACCUACAAUACCUAAAAUCUAAAACUCAAACGAUGAGCUAAACCUGGAAGCCAGGGGUUAGUCACCAUCCCAGGUGUCUCAUCUCUGCCUGGUUAUACAAAUUCACACAGACAUGACCAAGUCAAGCGUUUGUUCAACAGCCAUCUUUGGAGAGCUUACAUUAGGUUAGUCCUAGUGCUGCUGGGGAUUCAAAUCAGCCAAGAGACCUUUUCCACUGGAACUGAAAAGGUCCAAUGGUGGGUAGAGAACUACAUUAGAAGCCAGGAAAGACUAUAACCUGUAGGGAUGUAUUUGAAUUGUGUGUAUAAAGGUGAUUAAUUUGAGGUUAAGGAGAUAAACUGAUAAGUUCAGUGGUAAAGUACAUGGGUCAGGAGUAGACAAAGAAAACUCAGGUUAAUUUGCUUCAAAUGAACUCUACUCCAGGAAGCAACGUAAAGCUGGCACUCAUACCUUUAAGUCCUUAAUAUUUAUGUACCAGCAAGUGUACAGAUGUGUUUAUCUCUUGGGCCAGAAGCUUCUCAUACAAUACUUCCUUUACGCUUCCUGUAUGUAUCACCCUGCACCAGACUCCAUGACAACUACUGGCUGACAGUAGUUGGAACAACUAUUUUCUUUCUUUCUUUUUUUUUUUUAUUUAAUUUUUUAUUUUUAAGUAACUACAUUCAGUGUGGGACUUGAACUUACAACCUGGAGAUCAAGAUCCACCCUCUGUACCGACUGAGUCAGCCAAACCCCCCAGGAACUUCUAAUGGCAGUAGACUCACCCAGAAUGUGCAAAGCCAAACUGUAGUCUAUGUUGUAUGUAAAAGAAACAUGCUGUAUAUUUGAUUCCAGAAAUAUACUUUGUCCAUCAAGCCACUUGUACUUAAAAUGUCUUUCAUUGCAUUUUAUAAUCAUUGACACAAGGGAAGUUUAUUAUUAACCUGCUCUGGAGUGAGGUUUCCUAUCUCAAACCCCAUCAACUCUCUUUCCAGCACAGAAAUGGAGCUCCACUGAUGGUUGCCACACAGGUAGGAUUGGCCCUGGGUGGUGGCUGAUAAAGAAGUUGCUGGUCUCAGCUCUGCUGGACUUACCACAUCUCUCCCAGGCAGGCAGUGCAUCAAGGAUAGGUGCCACCCAGCCACUAGGGAUGAAAGCCAGACCCAAGCUGGCUCUUUUGAGACAUUCUGAUACGCUUCUCCAUACCUGUCCAAGAACCAGUAAUCUCUUGUCGCUAGAAUUAGAAUUCACUGCUGCUAACGUGUUCCAAGAAGAAACGCUUAAGGAAAUUUUUAGACACUUCAGAGAGUGAAAGGAGAUGCCAACUAGAGGAGAUGCCAGGACAGGAGUUACAAAGCUAGAUGUAUGGCUACUCUAAUUACAGAUUUAAAAUGUAAAGAACAAAACUUCUUGAAGAUAAUACUAGAAAAAAUUUAUUUUUAAAAAUUUUUUUCUUUUUAAGGUAGGCUCCGCAGCUGGCAUGGAGCCCAACACAGGACUCGAACCCACAAUAAUGAGAUGAAGACCUGGCCCAAGAUCAAGAAUCAGAACUUAACCAACUGAGCCACCCAGUGCCCCCUAAUAAAAAUAUCUCACAGAUCUUAAGUUAUUGUCACUGUAUCCCUAAAUGAUGAAGAUCAUCAAAGGAAGCUUUAGGAACGUGAACUUCGGGGUUGUUUGACAAGCUACUUCACUACCUGGUAUAGUUCUUUAGGCAUUUGUCAGUAGAAACAGCUAAAAUGCAAGGGACCAAGGAACAGAGCCAGUGGCCCCAGAAAAAGCAGGAACAGUCAGUGCUGGUGAUUAUUCAUGAGAACGGGCAGGUGCCUGCCCCCGUGCUCAGACACAAAAGCCAGGUAAUGAGCGGGCUUCACGGCGUGUUCCCAGGAGUCUGCGCUUCCACCGACCCGGGUCGCCGCCCUGAUUGGGAUCCCGGGUCGCUCGGAACGCGGAGCCUCCGGCCCCUUUGCCCCGGAGCGGUGACAACCAGGAGACGGCCGGGGGACUCAACCCUUCUGGACUCUUCUCCUGGCCGCCCCGGGCCCCUACCCUUCCCUGUGGAGCGGCCGCCCGCCUACAACCUGGAGGCCGGCCAGGGCGACUUCGCGUGCGGCCCGCACGGCUACGGCGCCAUCCCCGCCGCGCCCCCGCCGCCGCCCUACCCCUACCUCGUCACAGGGAUACCCACCCACCAUCCCAGGGUCUACAACAUCCACAGUCGAAAUGUCACCAGGUACCCUGCCAAUUCCAUCGUGGUUGUUGGAGGCUGCCCAGUCUGCAGAGUCGGGGUUCUGGAGGACUCCUUCACCUUCCUGGGCAUCUUCUUGGCCAUCAUCUUAUUCCCAUUUGGGUUCAUCUGCUGUUUUGCCUUGAGGAAGCGAAGAUGCCCUAACUGUGGAGCAAACUUCACUUAAAGGGAACACCACCCCUGGCUUUCCUACAUCCAGCUGUCUUUUUCUAAUGUAAAUGUCAUGUACAGUAGCUUUAUUUGAUUAAGCUUUCAGGACUGUUUUGUAAAGCGAGGUGAGGGAGAUGGCGUGAGCUGCGGUUUCGUGGGCGCAGGGGUCACAGCGUGGGGACACAGCAGCACUGCUCCGGGGUGAAUGACAGCUCAAGCACUGCUUUUAUUUUUUGCAGUCUUCAAUUUGAGGAAGGUGAGAAAUACUGUUUUAAAUAAAUGAAAUUCAUACCAUU